CGCACUUGUAGUCCACUCCCUACUGUCGUAUCGUUGCUUUUUUCUUUGAACCCGAAAAAAAAAAAGGAAUUAAUAGGACAGACAAGAGCAAAAGAGCUAGUGAAUUAGCAUGCGAGGUUCCUUAGAGUUCACUCUCUCGAAACUAUUACCACAAUCCACGUUCAAACAGUUGAAGCAAAUCCAUGCCCUCAUUGUCACAACCUCUAUCAACCAGAACAUCCAAAUUUUCUCAAAAUUUCUCCGGCGGAGCACCGAGUUUGGAUCCAUGGAGUAUCCCUAUCUCAUAUUUUCCCAACUGGGUCCUCAACUCAGUAACGACAUUGUGAUUCAGAACGCCAUGAUUAGAGGGUACGAUAUCAACGGUCCGUUCGAGCAAUGCGUCUCAGUGUUUGAUGAAAUGCCUCUGAGAGGAAUCAAACCCCAUAACUUCACCUACCCAUAUGUCUUGAACUCCUGCUCUAAAUUGGGUUGGUACGGAAAAGGAAAACAAGUGCAUUGCCAUAUUGUAAAGCAUGGGUUCGAGUCAAAUCUGGCGGUUGCUAAUGCCCUAUUCAAUAUGUAUGUUAAAAUGCUGGAUUCCUGCGACUCUGGUGUUGUAAAUUAUAGGACUUUGAAUGAUGCCCGCAAGGUGUUCGAUUAUAUGCGUGUGAAACCUGUAGAAUUGUGGAACCGCAUGAUCUCACGGUAUGCGAGCGUUAGUGAUGUUCAGAGUGCGAGAAAGUUGUUUGAUGAUAUGCCUGACAAGGACGUUGUUUCAUGGAAUUCUAUGAUUUCCGGUUAUGCUGCAGUAAGAGAUGUAGGCAGUGCAAGCGAUCUGUUUGAGAGGAUGCCGGAAAAGGAUGUCAUCUCGUGGACAUUGAUGAUCGGAGUGUAUGCCAAUGCCGGAGACCUUAUUACGGCAAGAAAGUUUUUCGACACAAUGCCGUGCAAGAAUGUGGUGUCUUGGAACAGUAUGAUAUCAAGUUACAACCAGCAUAGACAAUAUGAAGAAGCAUUGGAUGUUUUUGUGCAAAUGCAUUCGGAAGGUGUGGUUCCGGAUGGAUAUACAUUUGUUUCGGUUCUGUCAGCUUGUUCCCACUUGGGUGCCCUAGAGUUCGGGAAAUGGACACACAGCUUGAUAGAAGAUUGGUCUCGUUUCGGAACCAUUUCAGGGACUGCCCUCAUCGACAUGUAUGCUAAGUGCGGGGACAUAAACAGAGCUUUUGCUCUUUUUAUCAAGAUAGGAAAGAGGGAUGUAUUUUGUUGGAAUGUUAUGAUUAGAUCGGUCGCUAUCCACGGAAGAGCAGAAGAUGCCGUCAAGAUAUACUCAUUGAUGCAUAAGGAAGGGUUGAAGCCGAAUGACUUCACGUUCACAGCUGCUCUCUUUGCUUGUAGCCAUGGAGGCUUGGUAGAAGAAGGCCAAAGAAUCUUCCAUUCCAUGGACAAAGAAUUUGGGAUUGUGCCAAAGCUUGAGCAUCUUGGCUGCCUAAUCGAUUUGCUGAGCCGAAAUGGUCGGGUGGAGGAAGCACUACGUAUGGCAAAGGAAAUGCCGUAUAACCCCGACAUUGCUAUAUGGGGAACCUUGCUUGGGGGUUGCAGAGAAUCUAGUCACCUUAAGUUGGCAGAGGAAGUGAUAGAGAAGGUUACUGAGUUGGAAACAGACGAAUCCGGGGUUUAUGUCCUCUUGGCUAACAUGCGUGCCUCGGCAGGGCAAUGGCCAGAGGCUCAAAGUGCAAGAGAGAAAAUGGAAGAAAAGAAGAUUUGGAAGAACACAGGACGCAGUCAUGUUUACGCCUCUAAUGGAACCCAGGAGCCCGAGAUCAAAAGCAACUCAAAAUACGGAGAGGAGAAGGUAGAACAAAUUAGAUUCACUUCAAACCAAUGUGAGCCUAAAAAAGAAUAGCAAUUCAUUCAUUUUGCCACCAAUUUUUGUGACCAAUUCGGGUCUCGGCAACAUUUGCCUAACACACCUGGACCAGGGGAACAAAGGCACCAUGCAGCAUUUUGUAAAAACAUAUAAAGAAAAAAAUACACUUCUCGAAAAAAGGAAGAACUUUACUGAUCAAAGACGAAUUCUACAACGAUGAUUACAUGCCACAAGGCUCCAACAGAACGCAACCGAUAAGAAUCCUAUGGGAACGCAUACAUCGCCUACCCACCAUUACACAAAGUUAAGACAGUUGUUAGGUACAUUCUAAGAAGUAAGCGCAUACAUCUCCUCCUACGCAUCGUUACAGAAAAGCAGAACAGGUUUUCGUACAAAAUCUCAAAUAUUGAGAAUCUGAAAACAUAACUCAGACAACAUUGUAUGACUCCCGGUGUCUAAAGUAACUAACAAACCUUCAUGCUAAGAAACAAGAACUUGCACAGCGCAACCACUGUUCAGACAAAGUUUCAAGAGUAAUGCAAAACGCAUUAGCAAAUACGAUCAUAACCAAACAUAGAUGAACAAAACAGACCACAAGAUAUGCUUCGUUCAUCUGGAUAAACUGAAGGAUCUCAUACUUACCAACUUAAGUUCAGUUAUAAGAAUAAUAUCCGGUUUUGAGUUUAGGUAUCCACGCAAUGAUGUCCAGACGUGAUCUUCAGUAUACUGAAUAUUGAUAUCACGGUAGCUUCAUAAUUCCUUCUUCAUUAACUGAUCAUGUUGAACUGGAAUCGGGAAAGCUGCUGU